CGUAUUUUGCCUGUAGACCAGAGAGGACUGUGGGAAAGUUGUACUACUCUAUUGAAUUUUCAUGGACAAGUCUUUGUUUGAAAGUGGCAUGCUGUGAAGUUUCAAGGCUGACAUAAGGGAAGAGCCAUGGAGGAAAUGGACUUUGAGCGGCGCCGUGAGCUCCGGAGGCAGAAGCGAGAGGAGAUGCGUCUGGAGGCUGAACGGUUGGCCCGCACUGAGGAUGAUGAAGAGGAAGCUGCUCGGGAGAGAAGGCGUCGUGCCCGUCAGGAGAGAAUGAAGAACAGGGAGAAUGAGGAGAACAGCAGCAGUCAGCCUGAGACCUCAAUCCUGACCAACAAUCACAGUGUGACAGAGUCCGUGUCUUUGACCAGCUCUUUGGGAGGAGGUGGAGGAGGAGAGGAGGAAGACCAGGCCCUGAUGGAGCGCAUGGCCAAACGAGAGGAGAGAAGGCUGAGGCGUAUGAAGGAAGCCAUGGAGAGGCAGAAACUGGAGGGCUCGGACACCAGCGAUACUAUUACUACCACUACUACCAGCAUGGAGAAGACAAACAAUGGGGAAGAGGAGAGGCCUUCAUUGUGGCGUAGGGGGCGUUAUAGAGAAAGUGAGGAAGAGGAGAGCAAAUCCUACAGAAGAGAGGAAGAGGCUGUGCCCAAUGAACCACAAGAAGAAGAAAGAGAGGAGAAACCACAAAGUUCCUAUCUACGAGAACAGGACUCUGCUGAAGAACCUAAAACUCCUGACGAGGAGCUAAAAGAGGAAGCAUCAGAUUGGAGAGUGAGUGAGAGUUCAGAUCAGGUCAUAUCAAAGCGCUCUAAACUAUCCGAGACUGGUGUGGCCCAAGAGGCGCUGGCAAUGUGUGUAGAUAACCAAUCAGACAAAAUGGUUGUGAGGAAUGGCACUGCAGAGGACCAGGAGACCACAGACAAACUACGCUCUGAGGAUAAUGAGGUGAAUGAGAGAGGAGAAGAGAGAGAGGAAGAAGAAGAGGAGGAGCAGAGGCCAAAUGGAGGGUUCCAUGGAGAAGACACUCCCCCCAAACAGCACUGGAAACCUGAGCAGACCCUGAGCCGUGGCAGUGUCCGCUCCCCUGAGGUGGGGGUGGAGGAGGAGGAGGAUGCUGCUCGCUUGGAGGCGGAGCGUAAACUGGAGGAACUGAAGAGACGACGCAAUGAAGCAGAGAGCGAUGAGUUUGAACGUAUGAAGCAGAAACAGCAGGAGGCAGAGUCCGAGCUGGAGGAGCUGAAGAAGAGGAGGGAGGAAAGGAGGAAGGUGCUGGAGGAAGAGGAGAGGCAGAGGAAACAAGAGGAGGAGCAGCGCAAAGCCAGAGAGGAGGAGGAAAAGAGGAGGAUGAAGGAGGAGAUAGAGAAGCGAAGAGCGGAGGCAGCAGAGAAAAGACACAAAGUGGACGACAUUGUGGACGGAGAGGAGAAACCAUUCAAGUGUGUGAGUCCUCGAGGAUCCUCUCUCAAGAUUGGAGAGAGGGCAGAGUUCCUCAACAAGUCUGCACAGAAAAGUGCAGUGAAGACGUCUCACUCUCCAGUGGUGUCAAAGAUAGACAACAGGCUGGAGCAGUACACCUCUGCUGCUCAGAGAGAGAACAAGGAGUCUCGGUCUCCUCGCUCCGGAGCUGUGGACCUGCCUCUUGUCACCGACAUCAAGAAUAUCAAGAGCAUGUGGGAAAAGGGCAAUGUGUUCAGCUCUCCUGGAGGGGGCAGCACUUUCAAGGAAGCAGCUGUGAUGAAGACAGGCGUGGCGGGCCGCAUCAACGACUGGCUGAAUAAAACCCCGGAGAGUGGCAAAACGGCGGGAGGAAGACCUAUGGACCUGAAGCCAGUUGACGUCACCAAUAAGAGGAGUCUAUGGGAAAACAAAGCUUCUCCAGCCAAGGAGGCGGGCAGAGGGGAGAGCAAGUCAGUCGCCAACGGAAUGGGACACUAAUCUCUUAAAGAGUUCCUGGGGACCACAACAAUCCAAGCAUCUUCCUUUGUCUCCAGACCAAAUGUUGACCCCCAUCCCAAAGUGGGAUGUCCCAGAAUCAGAGGGACAGAGGAGAGCCUGUCCGAGCGCUGUCCAAGCAGCUGCCACCACAUGUGCCUUUGCACCAUGAUUCAUGUUUUUUAAAAGAAAAAGAAAUGAAUGCUGUGAAAUUUGGACUUUUGUAAAGCGAAAUCCUGCUAGGAGCAAAAAAUAUAGUCAUAGUCCACAAUGACAGACUAGUGCAUUAAAGGCUUUAACGUCUUUAUGAAGAAAUGAGAGCUCUUCCCUCUGAGACAAGUUCCAUCUCUGAUUUAUUUAUAUUUAAGCAGAAGCUUCACACAUUGCUUUUUAUUCAGUGUUCACCAGUUCAGGUUAGAAAUGUAAGCACUUCUAGAGAUUAGCUGAAUUCACUUUUUGUAUUACAGUCAUGGUCUCAGUAAUAUAUGUUAGCACAUGUGAUGUUUUAUAAAAUGUAUCCUUAUAACAACUUUGUACUCAAAAGUAUUUGCUUUUUAUAUUCAGAAACCAUUGACCAAAAGGCAGUUCUUUUGGGUUUGGAGCUAUGACGAGCAAAAGGCCAAUAUGACUUUAUUAUCUUUGAUAACAUUUUAUUUAUGUUUUUAUUGAGUGUCUUUUCUAUUACAAGCAUUUUUGUAGCUUUUUUACUUGUUUGAUCACUUCAUUCAAAGAAGAUCAUUAAGAUCUUCAGACAUUCCAAUUUGAAACCAGUAUACAGCACCUUUACUGUUUUUCAUGUUUCUCCCCGUGUCUGGAUGGGUUUCCUCCGGGUACUCCGGUUUCCCCCAUCAACCAAAACAUGAACGCCCUUCGAGACAACUGUUGUUGUGAUUUUGGGCAUUACAAGAAUAAAUGAAUUGAAUUGAAUUGAAUUAAAUCUGCAGGUUGCAUGAAAAGUCUAAAAACACAUUGGCUAUGCCAAUGUAUGUUUUUGCCAUAAUUUAAUCUCUUAUUUUCUUUCUUUUUCAGUAAUUUUAGUUGCAUUAUUUCCGUCAACAUGAUCUUUGCAGGGGAAAGCACCCUUUACCAUCCUCACGCUAAAAGUAGCAGCUUAAAUAAACAAUAUACAUGUUCAAAUGUAUUUUAAAUAAUGUUAUAAGAUUGCCUUGAAAGUGCUUGUAUCCAUGGAGAAUUACGAUGUCUAUGUCUAUGAGUCCAAAGUAUGGCCUUAAACUAUCUCUUUCGAGACAAGUAGGUGCCAGCUGGCCAAGUUAUAGGUUAGAUGGGUGGAGAAAUAGCAAUAGAAACACCUCUAAUUAAAUAAAUGCAGGCUUUUAAUACCAUACUGUGGAACAUUCCAGGCAAAUGCAUUACAUCCUCGCAGAGGCAAGCAGAUGACCAGAAAAGUUUGACACUCCACUUUUCAAUACUCCGGUGUGGAUAUGGUCAGUCUCUAACAUUCCUCUUGCUUCUAUCCUCAUAUUCUCAGUCAAUUCAAGGUGCUUACAUGAACAGUAAAUCAUGAACGUAUUACCACAUGAGGAUGUUCACCAAUAUGUUUCAUUGGCCUUGUAAUUGCAAUAUUAACACUUAUGACAGCUCAGCAUUCAAAUAUGUGUUUUUGAUAUUUGUAUUUCACUUCCACAGCAUUCCAAUUUUAUGUUUUGAACGGCACAUUUUGUUUUUGUUAAUCUGUGAAUAAUUUGCCAGGCAUUAAAUUUAUUGCUGAAGUUUGACAAUCACAUUCCAUUGGCUCCUGAAAAGAGCAGAGGGCAGGACCAAACCAUUUAUAGUUAAUUUAAUGAGGCUUUGUUGUUUAUUACCAAAGUUUCAUAAUGCCUUUUGUUCUUUUUUUUUUCCCCUUUAUGUGUAUGAUUAACCAGACACAGACAGCUAAGCCUAUGCAACUCUCACUCUCUAUCUCUGUAACCACUCCCAGUGUCUCACAAUGGGCAGUCAACUGGAUGAUCUGAGACAUUGUACCAUUGACUCACCAAUAGCAAUAAAGGAAGGCAUUGAGCUAA